AUGGGCCCAGGUGAACAUUGCCCCGAUGAUUCCUCCUCAAGCAAGGCGGGCAUUCUUGACGAAACUGCCAACUGUGCUGCAGCAUUGUCAUUUGCACCUGCAGCUCGAGACAUCCAGUCUCCGCUGGCUGCGCCAAGUGUCCAGCCUGGUGUUCCAACACGCGCAUUUCCCAGCAGCGCCACGAAAGCCUUCUCGCUCAACAUGGUCCAGAGUGACACGCCACCCCUGCCAUCGAUGUCCUUCUUCGAAGCAUCAGGACUCCGAAGCGCCAGAGCUGCUGCGGAGCAUCGCUUUCCGCCGUGA